GCAGAAAACGUUGAAGAGGUGUUUGAAGUAACCCAUAGAGUAUUUUUGGACGUCGAUAUCGAUAAGCAGCGAAUAGGAAGAAUUGUUAUCGGAUUAUAUGGCAAAGAUGUACCAAAAACAGCUGAGAACUUCAGGGCAUUGUGCACAGGGGAGAUGGGGAAGACUGCAAAAGGAAUUUCCCUUCAUUAUAAGGGAAAACCAAUUCACCGCAUAAUACCUGGAUUCAUGAUUCAAGGUUGAGAUAUUGCAUACGGUGAUGGAAGGGGAAACGAGUCCAUAUAUGGAGGUAGCUUUCCUGAUGAAAACUUCAAGAUCAAGCACUCCCACCCAGGUGUUGUUUCCAUGGUGAACUUUGGACGCGAUUCUAAUGGCUGCCAGUUUUUCAUUACGACUGUACGUCAAGACAAGCUGGUUGGACAGGGAGCAUGUUGUGUUUGGGAAAGUUAUUGAAGGGAUGGACACGGUGUAUGCAGUUGAGGGGGGAGCCGGGACCUACAGUGGGAAGAAGGUCACCGUUGCUGAUUCUGGAGAGAUACCUAAGAGCCAGAAAGAGCAGCUGUAUUUUGUAUUGACGUUUGAUUGGCCUUCCCAUUGCUACUGUCCGGCGGAAUUACGCCCCCACUGGCCGGCGGUAUUACGAAGGAAUUACAACGCAAGCCAUGGCAAACGAAAGCUUUCUCGAAGUUAUUCCCAGCAGAGACAUAGAUGGCCGUUCAAAUCACCUGAAACUAGGUAUCUGGGAGCCUCCUAUGUCUACAGUCACCGACGUAUUGUUAACAGCGGCGAGGAUGGCUGUCUCUCCUCAUCUCCUAGUAAAAACUGUGAGGGGACAAAGAUCUUCUUAAGGGCUUUGGGUAUUUUUCUGGAUAGGAUUACUCUCUCCCAGUAUGGGAAGGAAGAGAAUAAUCAUUUUGACGUUGAUAACUCAGUCAUAAAGGUGGAUGUAGACCAGGGUCUAGUUGAUUGUAAUAUUUCUGUCCAAGAUGCUUCAGAGAUUAGGAUCACAGGUAACACUUCUACUUUGGUUUCUGAGGGUCGGAUUGAUAUGGUUUUGAGGGGUGAGGAUAGGUCUGAUGUUCCUCAGGAUGCAACGGAUAAGCAGUUAGCUCUUUGUCAUAGUCCUAACCAGGACGGUGAACACCAGCCUUCUUAUUUAAUUGAAUACCCUUUGCUGCCAAGAUCUAGGCUUUCUCCCUUAGCUGCUGAAUUCAUACCCACCAUGCCCAAUUCAUUUGCAGCUCUUUUCAACCAGGGAGAUUACACAACUAUAGAUUCUACAAUAGAGGAAGAUCUAUUAGCUCAUAUCAAUGAUAAAAAUAUGGCCCUUUGGAAUAAUGCCAUUGAGGAUUUUCUACUAGAAAGAGAUGAGCCUAUUUUGUACACCCAUUCAGAGGGUGAAGAUAAUGUUUUUAUUGAUUAUGCAAUUAAACCCCUCCAAAUUGACACCUCAAGAUGCUCUAAGACACCACUCAAUUUGGGAAGGGUGUUUAAAGGUAAGAAAACUUUCUCCCCUUCUCAAAUGGUGACUAGGAGUAAAGCACGACUUUUAGAUGAAGGUAGAAAAAAGACCCCUAUAGGUUGCCUGGAGGACCCCGAUGAACCAACAGAUACAUUCGCUGCCGAGAUCAUAGAAGCCUUCAAGAAAACCUGUCCUUCUCAGAAGGAGGUUCCUCCUAAAAAACAACAACAACCACUGACUAGAAGCCAAAAAAAGAAAGCCAAAAAGAAGCUUAAACAAGCCAGUGGAUCUGGACUGACUUCACAAGGCACGUUCUCUACUCUAAAAUGGUUUGCUGUCGGACCUUUGUUUGCUUGCUUUUAGAAUUCCUCACAUGUGAUAUGGAUUCCGGACAAGACUAGAGGAAAUGCCGGAAAGUUUCGUCGGACAUUGUCACCAGGUUUCUUCGCCGGAUCUAGCUGCCACUUAGGUUCUUCGUCGAUCCAAUUGAGGUAGGGGCCAAGAAUUAGAUGAGGAGCAGCCCGGAGGACAGUGAAGCGUGACACUGGUGGAUGGCCCAAAGCUGUCUGAAAUUGAAUUGAAUACCUGUUGACUUUUAUUUUGUUGAACUACAAGAAUGUUGACGACGUUAUUUUAAAGACUUCCGCAAUGUUUGAAUUAUCUACUCUAAUUAUUUAUGAAUUGUUUUUAAAUAAAUGUGAAUUGAUAUU